CGGCUUAUUUCCGAUAUUUGUUCGUAGUUUCCUGAUCCGCAAGGCAUCACCUCUUGCUGCCUGCUGCCUUGUAGGCCCAAGGCUGAUGUAACUUGUUCGUGUUAUCAUCCGUGUUCUUCCUGAUCCGCAAGGCAAUCACCUCUUGCUGCAAGACAGUUUCACAAUUUGUGUAGUGUCUGCCAUCUUCCAAGCCCAUAAUUUCGAUGCAUACCGUCGGUUUUACCGUCCGGGGUCAUCCAUAUCAUGAGGUUGAGAUGUCCAUCCUGGACCAUUGAGAAUAAGGCUCCCAAGCCGGGUCUCCCCCUUAUUCUCUGCCAAAAUGGAGACUCGCCUUCAGGUUACAGCUCGGGUUCCACCACAAUAAAUUACUACAUCGUGGUUCGGGCGAGCUGCAUAGCCAAGGCAAGAUUUUAAGACCAGAGUCCCGAUCCCCCGCUCGGUCACCCUAUGACUUCGGAUGCCGCCCGGUUCGUCCUACUCAAGAUCUUUUACACCAUCUCCCAAGCUGAGUCCAGGCUUGGUUAACUUGCAUCUUUUUUUUUUUUUUUUUUUUUGUGCUGAGAUGGUGGCUCCCCAUGGAUCGAGACAAGUGGUAUCUAUCGAUCGAGGUGAGACUUUAUGGAAUGUGAAGAUGCCUCCUAAGCAAAUAAUGUCGUGCUGUGGGGCUGAUCAUGAUAUGAGAAACAUGAAUAAAUCCAAGGGUCUUGCGAGCGCCCUCUGCUCAAGGACAACGGCAGCAACUGCGGCAGCGGUCCACAAAAUGUAGCCAUGCUGAAAGUCAAGCAACGGUCCUUAUCCGCGCAGUGCGGGGACGAGGCCGGUCUUCAAAGAGGAUAAACAUGUCGUGCCGACAGG